CCCAAAUCGCAUGUGCGGAAGUGCUGCCCUGUCUUUGUAUUUAAUGCUGCUGCUUCUAAGAAGCGGGUAAGUUGAUCAAAGCAUUGCGGACCUUUACGCUUUGAUUCGUCCACAGAGUCCUGGAUCUUAAGCAGUCUGGUUAGAGAGAUUUACCGUACAGAUGGCCACAUACAGUCUUGCAAAUGAGAGACUGCGCGUCUUGGAGGAGAUUGAGAGGGAAAUAUCCGCCAUCUUGAUGAGUGCAGGAAAUGUCAUUUUGGAACUUUCCAAGGAGAAGCCAAAUGAGCGUGUUCUUGACCGUCAAGCAUCUCAGUUUACAGCCUCUGUCCAGAAAGUGGAAUCUGAAUUGUCUGGACAAAUUCGCUACCUUACUCAGGUAGCUACCGGGCAGCCACACGAAGGCUCGAGUUACAGUGCUCGAAAGGAUGGCACAAUGGCUCUCAACAGGGUUGACUACGCCAGAGUCAAGCUGGCAGAACUGAGCAGGACUUGUGAGCAGAUGUUGGAUCAGCCCUAAGAAGAAAACCUAGCUUUGCCUAUUCAUGUUCUGAUAAACAGGAUAUUAUAGAGGGGGGGGGAAUGCAAAAUUGUGAAAGUAAAGCUAUCACCAUGGGAAUCAAAUAGUCGCAAAGAGACGUUCCAUUGAUUAUUUUCAUAGUGAUCACUCCACUUUUGGCUACUUUAAAUCUCCACCACAGAGCCACAAUGACCCAUGUAUUUUAAAUAACCAUCUCUCUACCUUGUAAAACCUAAACAGACUGAUUAAAGCCACUUUCUUUUAUAAAGAACAGGAUAUCUGUAACCUUCUAAAUAACAUCUUUGUGUUAUUUGGAAACGUGAACAACAUUUUAAUUUUCUGCUAUGUUGUUGUUUUUUAUUUUUUUAUUUUUUUAUUACAACUGUAACAAGUUCUUAUUGUAAGUAAAUUGUCAUUUUACAUUUGUUACCUCAUAUUGUUUUGUUAUAUGGUA